CUCCUAAAAAAUAAAUUUCUACAAAGGAAGUGAGAUAUUUAACCUAUAAAAUUCUCCGCAGAAUGGAACUUAUCGGCCUCAAAAUUCGCAGGAUCCUGUGAGCUCAGGUACUCAUCAGAUUUUGUUUCUUCAAUGGGUGUUCCUAAGCAAAAAUGGACACAUGAAGAAGAAUCAGCCCUCAAAGCUGGUGUAGCAAAGCAUGGGGCUGGAAAAUGGCGCACCAUACUCAAAGAUCCAGAAUUUAGUGGUGUUCUAUAUUUGCGUUCAAAUGUAGAUCUCAAGGACAAAUGGAGGAACAUGAGUGUUAUGGCACAUGGCUGGGGUUCAAGAGACAAGGCUAGAUUAGCCCUCAAAAGAUUGCAUUCAGCCUCUAAACAAGAUGAGAACUCCUUGGUGCUGACUGUAGUAGGUCAAAAUAAUGAAGAUAUUCUUGAUACUGAGCCUCUUGCAAUUUCUAAGGAAUAUCCACAGAUUAGUGGACCUAAAAGGUCAUUUGCGAGGCUUGAUAACCGAAUAAUGAAGGCUAUAAGCAGCCUGAAGGAGCAAGGUGGUUCUAAUAAGACUACAAUAGCAACUUUCAUAGAGGAGCAAUAUUGGUCACCUCCAAACUUUAAACGGUUGUUAUCAGCAAAAUUGAAGUAUUUGACUGCAAUUGGGAAACUGAUAAAGAUGAAACGCAAGUACAGAAUUGCGCCAUCCUUUGACAGCAGCAGAAGAAGCUCAUCACCACCACCACCAUCACAAACCAUGGUGGUCCAUGAAGGAUGUUCAAAAUUGGACAAAGAUGAAAUGAUCCUACUUGAACUCCCUAGGGAUCAAGUAGAUCUACAGUUAGCGAAGAUGAGAAAAAUGACACCACAAGAGGCUGCAACAGCCGCAGCCGUAGCAGUUGCGGAGGCAGAAUCUGCUGUUGCAGAAGCUGAAGAGGCUGCAAGGGAAGCAGAAGAAGCUGAGGCUGAUGCUGAAGCGGCUCAAUCUUUUGCCAAAGCAGCCAUGAAGACUCUGAAAGGAAGAAACAACUGUCCAACAACAAUGAUGAUCCCUGCUUGAUUAACCACUUGUGGAUGAUGAUCAAUGUGACUCCUUAUCAGACUGUAAAUAGUUUUGUCUUCUCAAAAUUUAGUGAAAAGGAACUUUCUGCAUUUUGGUUUGGAUUUUGAUUUUGAUUUUUGUAAGGUUGUUUGGUUGUACUAAGAUAUACAGAUUUCGUAACUGUAACAAUUGUUGUCUUAUAAGAGGAGCAGGUCUCGUAACUGUAACAAUUGUUGUCUUUGAGAUGAUGAUGAUGGGUUCUGUUCGUUUGCA